AUGCAGCUGGGUAUGGCACAUCGUGGUCGGCUGAAUGUCCUGGUGAACUUCAUGGGUAAACGUGUGUGGGAAGUUUGCAGCGAGUUUGGCGAGCAGAACGACUUCUUGGGCGAUCUCAAGUAUCACCUGGGAACUCGUGGAACUUGUCGCCCUUGUUCUGGUUCCGUCAACGUGACCUUGGCUCCGAAUCCCUCGCACUUGGAGGCCGUGGAUCCUGUGGUGCUUGGAAUGACGCGAGCCAAGCAGGACUACAUGGGCGACCAUGAUAUGCGGCGCGUGAUGGGUGUUUUGAUCCAUGGGGAUGCCGCCUUCUGUGGACAGGGCAUUUUGUCGGAGUGCUUGCAGCUCACCGACCUACCAGCGUACACGACGGGUGGCACCGUGCACUUUGUGAUCAACAAUAUGGUGGGCUUCACCACUGAUCCCCGGGCCGCCCGCUCCUCCUAUCACUGCACCAACGUGGCGAAGGUCAACGAUGCACCCAUCCUGCACGUGAACGCCGACGACGUCGAUGCGGUGCUCUUCGCAGCCAAACUAGCGGCAGAGUACCGUCAGACCUUCCGGAAGGACGUGGUGGUGGACUUGGUUUGCUACCGCCGAGAGGGGCACAGCGAGGUGGAAGAUGCUUCACUGACCCAGCCAUUGUCACAGGAGCGCAUGAGACAACAUCCUCCGGCAUCCCAACAGUACAGCGAGCUACUCGUGGAGGCUGGUGUGGUGAGUGAGGAGGAGAUCGAAUUGGAGGUCUCUCAAAUUUACGAAGAGUUUGAGGCGGAGCAUCUCUACUCACAGCUUCAAGGCUCCAGCCUGCAAGAUUGGCGAGUGCGAACUCAGCAGGACACGCGGCCGGUGAACUUGACUGGCCUGCCUUUGUCGUGGCUCAAGAUGAUCGGGGAGGCCGCUUGCCGCAUCCCAGAGCAUGUGAAUGCGCACCCCACGGUGACGAAGCUGCUGCAGGGAAGGAGGGCACAACUCCAGCAAGGUCGCAUUGAUUGGCCUUUGGCAGAGACACUCGCCAUUGGCUCGCUGAUCCUGAGAUUUGACCCGGAAAGACACGAGGCCUUGAACACGGGGCUGCUGAUGGAUCGUUCGGAGCUGCAGUAUGUGGUGCAUCCACCGUGUCACGUGCGACUUUCCGGUCAAGAUGUUGAACGUGGCACCUUCAAUCAGCGGCAUAGUAUCAUCCACGACCAAGAUUCUGCCAUCCCCCACAGCCCGCUGAGUGACUUGGGCUUGGGCGAGCAGUCGCAAGCGGUAGUGUGCAAUUCCUCACUCUCGGAACUUGCCAUCCUGGGCUUCGAGUACGGCUACUCCCUCGAGGAGGGCGCUGGCUUGGCAUUGACAAUGUGGGAGGCUCAGUUCGGCGACUUUGCCAAUUGCGCCCAGCCCAUCAUUGACAACUUCAUUGCCAGCGGGGAGCAGAAGUGGGGUAGCCUGAGCAAUCUGGUGAUGCUGCUCCCGCAUGGUCUGGAAGGGCAGGGCCCGGAGCAUUCCUCUGCGCGCCCCGAGCGCUUCCUGCAGCUGGUGGAUGAGGAUGCCGAUAUGCUGUGGCCUGCGAAGGACAAGGCUCUUGAAGACGAAAAGAAGCGCGAAGCUCGAGCCGUGGUCUACGACGUCCUUGAAGCCAUUGAAUUGGAGGAUGAAGCCGCUGUAGAGCAAGGUGUCCAUCGAUUGGCACUACUGCAGGAGAGCUUCGAUUAUUGCAGGAACAUCAUGGUCGUGUACAUCACCACUCCGGCCAACCUUUUCCACGUCUUGCGGCGGCAAGUGCACCGAAGCUUCGCCAAACCUUUGGUUGUGAUGACGGCCAAGUACCUGUUGCACCACAGGCCCUGUCGCUCACCUUUGGAGCACAUGAUGUCCGGCACUCGCUUCCAGCGUUUGAUUCAGGAAGGGGGCGACGGCGACAACAUGUGCUCGAGCGCAUCCAAAGCUGAUCAGAGGAAUUGCAAGCGGGUGAUCUUUUGUAGCGGCAAGGUCUUCUAUGAGCUACAUCAUGGAAGGGCGACGAGAGGUUUAGAAGGUGCUGUAGUGCUACACCGUUUGGAGCAGCUGGCACCCUUUCCUGCGAUGAGCGUGGCCGUGGUUUGCAGCCAAUAUCCUCAGGCAGAGCUUUGCUGGGUUCAGGAGACUUGCAGUUUUUCUUGCGUCUUCGUCCCCUGGUCUGCGCGCGAUACGUGCAGGGCUGGAUUGAUGGGAAUGGGGUCAUGCACCCGCCUGGAGGGGAGAAGCAGGUCCAGGACGCGUGCAGGAUGGAGGGUGCAGGCUGCGAGGCAGAGACAGCAGAUAGUGGACGCGGUUGCCUUCAACAUGAGCGAGGGAUUCAGGAUGUACAUGGAAUUCCAACAGCGAUGA